AUGGAUGGAUAUUCACAACCAUGUAAACUACGUACUAAUGGCAGAGAAAUGAUUCGAAUUAAUGGAGUAUAUAUGUAUAUUAUAAAUGAAUGUGGUCAAGUUGGUGCAAUGCUAGGAUUUCAUCCGAUGGUGAUUGUAAUGUAUGAAGAUACAGCUGAUUUAGAACCAGUUAAAGGAUAUUUGCGUGUUGGAAGAUGGAUAUAUCCAUUAGCGCGUUCAUUUUCCCCGAUUUAUAUUUGGGGACCUGGUAAUAUGAUUAUGCCUGAACCAUUUUCACAAUUAACUAAACCAGUAUACAUUGUGAUUCGACUACCGAUAGGCAUGUCUCGUCAUCAAAAGGAUGCCUUAUAUAAUAUAAUUGAUGUAAAUGCUCACCUACAAGGUCAAUUUAGUAAUUUGACAGUAGAAGAAAUUAAAGCUAUGGAUAAACUAUUUGAAUUAACUGAAAUUACUCCGUACGAUAAACUUUUAUUAGAUGAAAUAGAACGUGGAAUUAGUCAACCAGGUACUGAAUACCUGAAAGAUCUUUACAAGGAUAAAAUGAAGCAUAAGCUAAAUGCUUACAAAGAAGAAAGCGGCAGACUUAGCGUAGCAUUCUCUAAUUCAAAAAGCGGUAAACUCAAUAUACAACGAUACAUAUUUCAUAAUCAAUUCUCUAAAAAUCCGAAUAAAUCAUUACAAAACGGUCAAGGUGAUAAACCAUUUAGUGAGAAUACAUGUUUGCCUACAAUAUCAAAAUAUGAAAAGUUAAGCUCAAGAAUAAACUGGCCAGGUGGUUGGCCUGAGAUGUAUAAACUUCCACUUGGUAAAGGUAAUGUAAUGCGGUUGUACAUUUUAGGCCCACGUGAUGCUCAACAUAUUGAAAUUUCCAGAGUAAUGGAAUGGAUACCCGUAACACAGAUCAUAUUAAGUUCAGUAAAUACUGCUUUUCGUGAACAAGUUCGUCUGAGAAAAGAGAAAGAACUUCACGGUAUACCACCGUCUUUUGAAGGUCGACCAUUACGUCUAUUAAAGGGGUGGGGAGCAGCGCAAAAUUUAAAUCGAUUUGGUGUUGCAGCUAAAAGUGAAACAUUUAUUAAAGUACCACUUAAAGAUAUAUCUAAACUGGAUCCAGGUCAUAUUCAAUUGAAGCAGUCUACAACAACCCUACAAAAUCUUGAAAUGGCAGCUGAUUUGUUCGACUAUGCAAUAGAUAAUUGUAAACUGUACUUAAUAAGUUACUCAUAUGAUGAUAUAAACCUAAAGAAGGAUAAAUUUCCAACACUUGAUGGUCCUCUUGUACUAAGAACACUUUUAAUACGCUACGAGAAAUUAUGCUGGACAUUUAUUAAAUUGAUGACAAUUAGUGAAACUAUUGAUAAUGAUUUAGUUUAUACAAAAAGUAAUCAUUAUACUGAACGUUUACACGAAGACUGUGAACAUCACUAUCCAAAAUUACGUCCAAGAAAUCCGAUGUUAGAUCCAAAAUAUCCAUAUGCCCGAGAACCAUCAGUGUAUUCAGUCUCGUCUAUAGGAUGA